CUCUUCUCCGCCUCUCUCUCCACUCUCCUCUCAUUCUCUAUCUCCACACUCGCUCCCCUCUCGCUCUCCCCCUUCUUUCCAUUCUCGCUCUCGCUCCUCCCUCUCUUCCCCCACGCGCCACCCCUCUUUUCCCACUCGCUCGCCUCAUCUCGACCCCUCCAUCCGUUUCAGCCGCUCCACUCGCUCCUCUCGCUCUCUCCGCUGCAGCCUCGCCACACACUCCACGCGAUCGAACCGGUCCAAUCGAUCGAACCGGUCCAAUCGAUCCAAUCGGUCCAAUCGGUCCAAUCGGCAGGCGAUUUGGAUCCACAGUCCGCAGCAGGAUUGGGCAGCCAAGCGGGCUUCCGCGGAGGAGACCUGGAUUAUGCCGCCGUUGGCCAUGCAGUGCGAUGAAACGCAUGUUGCCGCGUUUCUUCGCAUCGCCUGCCAGUUUGUGCGUGAUUAUGGAAUGGAAGUGGAGGGGAUUUUUCGGCGGAACGGGGAAUUGGAGGUCAGCGAGGAAAUCAUGCACAGCGUAGUGAACGGAACUCUAUUAGAAGAGUGCGUUUCAACGAGUGAGCAUGAUAUUCUUUGUGUCUGUCACGCAAUAAAACUUUAUUUACAAGAAAUCCAUCUGGUCCCUUACAGUUGCUAUCCCCAAAUCGAAUCCAUUCAGGCAUUGACCGAAUUCGGGGAGAUUUCUGCGCAUAUAACCGAAACGUUGAGUCUGCUAAAUGCAGAUCAAUUUCACACGCUGAAGUACGUUAUCGAGUUCUUCAGAGAUGUGGAAACAUAUAGUUCGUUUAAUAAAAUGAACCAUAACAAUCUAUUAACUUGUGUCAUCCUUUGCAUUCUUCCGAAUGAACCAAACAUGAGAGGAACGUCAGCAUUGCAGUUUGGAAAGCGAGCCAAGUUUCUAAGUACUCUCAUACGACAUACGGAGUUGUUCGCGGUCGUAGAAAAGGACUCGAAGGAGCGAGAGUUCGUUCGUUAAAAAAGUGUUUGGUAUCGUAGUUGAUAAUUG